AUGUACUUAACCUCAGUUAUUAAACAGGUGAAUAAAAAAAUAAUCGCGUCUGUAAACACGAACCUACCGUCAUCCUAUUGGAAACGUUUACGUGAAGAUUAUAAUAACGUUGCUGGUGUCGUACGCUCGUUUGACGAAGUUUUCAACUGCCUAAUAUUUUCUUCUUUUGCUAAUAACUUAUUCUUCGUAUGUUUUCACAUUUAUUACCUGCUAUCUCGUGAAACAUGUAACCACGUGGUCGGGUACGAGAACACCGUUUACUAUGUAUCUUCGUUGUUGUUCACUCUCAUGCGUCUCCUCUUGGUUGCUCUGUCCGCGGCCGAAGUCAACACCGUCUCGCUCGCCGCCGCACCAUAUUUGUACAAUGUGCCAUCGACGGUCUUCUGUUCGGAGGUCGAGAGGUUCAUUCAUCAAAUGCAAGGUGAUGUGGUGGCCCUGAGUGGGCUUAAGUUUUUCUAUGUGACCCGAGAGUUCGUUUUGUCUAUCAUAGGCACAAUUAUUACGUAUGAACUAGUGUUGCUCCAACUGAAUGGCGACUUCAUUGGAAAGUUU